AUGGCAGGGAAGAGAAAGAGGCAUGGUGGUGAGGACGCUGUGGACCAGGGAGAAGUCUUCUCAACACGGAAGAGGACGUGUCACGCCGUGCUUGCGAACCCACAUCACAGCGGAGAUGACGCUCUAUCGGAUAUAGCUUCGCCGGAGGGAACACCUACCAAGGCUCGACGCGGAAGACCUCCUGGAAGCGCCCAGAAAGCGAAAGCUCUUCCCAAUGGUGUAGGAUCCAGAUCUCAACAGGGCACUCCUUUAAAGUCAAAGGGCAACGAUCUCGUUUCGACUCCCGUCAAGGCUGCUUCAGGUGCCAAUGGACACGGUGCAGUUGCAGCAGUCGGAAAUGCAGAUCGAUCCGCUCGCAGGAAAAGUGCGAGAAGCGUUGUCGAACGGACAGCGACUGAUGGAUUCAGUGAUGAGGAGGACGUUGAAGAGGAGGACAUUCUGGCUAGGAAAAUAUGGGAUGCGGAUGAGGCAGAAAGCGAGGACCAGCAGGAAGAAGCAGAUGGUGAGCUAAGAGCAGAUGAUGCUGUCCCCACGACCCCUUCGAAGCGUAAAAGUGGUCGACGGAAAAAGUCUCCGACACCUCCUCAAAACCUCCCACCUCACGAGCAAUACUUCUGGCAACAUCGGCCAGGAAAGAUCAAGACCUCGAAUAACACAUUGUCCUCACUCUCCCUACUCACCCACGAAGAGUAUCACAACCAAAUCAACGCCUACGAAGAUCCGCACGCCUCCUCCUAUGCCUUUUUGCAUUCUUUGCAUUCUCGCUCGUUUCCCCAAUGGCGCUUCGAGCUCUCUCAAUCCUUCAACAUCUGCCUCUACGGCUACGGCUCAAAACGCAGGCUCGUUACGGCCUUCGCCAAAUACCUCCACACCACAUCUCGCUCGGACCCGCCAAGAAUCCUCAUGGUAAAUGGCUACACGCCCACACUUACCCUAAGGCAAGUCCUUAGCACCCUUGCCCCUCUCGUCUUCGACUGCACACCCAGUACUAUACCUUCAAAGCUCGGCACGCAGCCCCGCGAAAUUCUCACCACGCUUCUGAGCCAGCUCAAUACUUCUCCUCCGCCCUCUCCAUACUUUGUAUUCAUCAAUUCGCUCGACGCGCCGCCUCUCCGACGUUCUCCAACCCCAUCUCUCCUAGCACAACUGGCUGCAAGUCCACACAUCCACCUUCUAGCAACCUGCGAUACGCCCAACUUCCCUUUGCUGUGGGACACCAACCUGCGCGACCAAUACAACUUCCUUUUCCACGAUACCACAACCUUUGAAUCUUACUCCCCGGUCGAAAUCGGUUCCGUCAUCGACGACGUGAAUGAACUCCUCGGCCGCAGUGGGCGCAGCGUCAAAGGCAAAGAAGGUGUGGGAUUUGUGCUCCGCUCGUUACCAGAGAACGCGAGGAGUCUCUAUCGUGUGCUCAUUGCGGAGCUUUUGGCUGCGAUGGACGAGGAAGGUGGAGGAGAAGGAGGAGAAUGGAGUAUAAAGUGCUGUAUCAGAAAGUGGUGGAGGAGUUUAUAUGCAGCAAUGAGAUGGGGUUUCGCCAGUUGCUGA